UGUCCUAUAUGUCAAAAUACACUUUCGGUUGUAGCUUCCACUGAACCCCCACCACCGCAAACCUCUGCCCCUUCUAACUCCUCCGCAUCAACAACAAGUGGUGCUCCUUAUUAUCUUUCAUGUGGUGUUUGUCGUUGGGACUCUCAAGAAAUAGGGAUGACUUUUGAAAAGGCAACUGGAUUAGCUUAUGAAAGACCUGAUGUUAAAGAGUUUGAUCAUCUCAAAGAUCAUUUUGAAAAGCAUUUACGUCUCAGUGCUCCAUCUACUACACUUCCUUCUUCAUUGUUGUCGAUUCCAGGAAUAAGCAGUUUCAGUAAUCGAUAUGGUGGUGGUGGAUUUACUCAUCCACAACAAAAGUCUGAUGAUGUUGCAAAAUAUGAUGCUAUUGUAAAAGUUGAGAGUGAUGAUAGUUUAGUUCAUGAUUUAGUUCAAUUGAAAGAUGUCAACCAGAUUACCACAUUGACACAGAGAAUGAAUCAACUUAGUGACCAACCUUACAAAGUGGAGCGACUUCAACCUCAACGCAUACAUCUUCGCACAAAACGCGUGAAACGAUGUCGUUCAUGUCGUCAUAUUCUUAUCAAACCUGAGCAAAAAGCUCAAGCCACAAGAUUUAAGAUUAAACUUGUUGCCUUAAAUAGUAUUCCAAAGAUUACUAUAACAAGUUUACCAAAACUUAUUCUCAACCAAUGUACACGAAUCGUACUAAAAUUUUCUAAUCCUUUAUACGAAGAAAUCAUAGUUGAUUUGGCAUUGAAAGAUGAAACUACUGAAUAUGCCAAGAUUACAUUGCUUGCCCCACAUUUCAAUAUAACUCCUUACAAUGAAGUUUGGGAAUAUGAUGAACAAGAUUUUAUUACUUCAAAAGGUCGUCCACUUUCAAUUACAAAUGCUCCAAAGGUUGAUCCUGGUAUUUAUGAAAGGCGUGGCAAUUAUACAAGCGUUUUGGUUGAAAUAACACCAUUGGCUGAAGUCGAUGAACUUAAAUUCCCUCUUUUGGUAACUUAUGCAAACAAAGUUAGCGAUAAUGAUAAUAAUGAGACUUCUGGGGAUGCACCAUCUGAUGCCGAUAAAGGUGAUUCUACAUCUACUCCAAAUACAAAAAGCUUAUUCUUUUGGACCGUUAUUGGAUUGGGGCCUGUGGUUAGUCAGGUUGUAGCUAAACCCCCAGCAUCUACUCGACCGUCUCUUACUAGUAAUAAUAGCAACGUUACACCCACUC